UUUCCUGGAAGUUAUGAGUGUGGGAUGCAUGGAUUUCUUUUGCAAAAGCAGCAGGAAACAGAACAUGUGUAAAUUGUCCGUGCCAGGCUCCUUGGAUAGCUGGAAAGCAAUCUCCAGGUCAGGCCUCCAGCACUUGGCUCCUGUGCAUUCCCUCAACAUUGCAGUCUCCAAUGGACCUGUGAAGGAACCAAGGGCGGCCUUAGAGUGGACUGAAAAUGCCGUGAACGGAGAGCAUCUAUGGCUGGAGACAAAUGUUUCUGGGGACCUCUGCUACCUGGGGGAGGAAAGCUGCCAAGUCAAAUUCUCAAAAUCUGCUCUGCGGAGGAAGUGUGCUGCCUGCAAAAUUGUGGUCCACAAUGCCUGCAUGGAGCAGUUAGAGAAGAUUAAUUUUCGCUGCAAACCGACUUUCCGAGAAGGAGGCUCCAGAUCUCCAAGAGAAAACUUUGUCCGACACCACUGGGUGCACAGGCGGAGGCAGGAGGGGAAAUGUAAGCAAUGUGGAAAGGGCUUUCAACAGAAAUUCUCCUUCCAUAGUAAAGAGAUUGUGGCCAUCAGCUGUUCCUGGUGCAAGCUGGCAUUUCAUAAUAAAGUCACCUGUUUCAUGUUACAUCACAUCGAGGAGCCGUGUUCCCUGGGGGCUCAUGCUGCUGUCAUUGUGCCUCCCACCUGGAUCAUUAAGGUGAAGAAACCUCAGGUGGUCUCCAUACCAGGAGACGAGCCUGAUUGGGCAGGAGACUGGAGCCCCGAAGGGGAAACGGGCGUCUCCUACCCCUAUUGGGAGGGUUGGCAGAACUCAUUGAAGACUUCAACACGGCGAAAGAAGAGAACGUCUUUUAAAAGAAAAGCCAGCAAAAGAGGCAAUGAAGAUAACAAAGGUCGGCCGUUUGUGAUAAAGCCUAUCUCCUCUCCACUCAUGAAGCCGCUGCUGGUUUUUGUCAAUCCAAAAAGCGGAGGGAAUCAGGGCACCAAGAUUCUCCAAACGUUUAUGUGGUAUUUGAAUCCACGCCAGGUCUUUGAUCUCUCUCAGGAAGGGCCAAGAGAUGCGCUGGACCUGUACAGAAAAGUGCCAAACCUGCGGAUCCUGGCCUGCGGCGGGGACGGGACGGUGGGCUGGAUCCUCUCUGUCCUUGAUGAGCUGCAACUCAGCCCUCCGCCUCCUGUGGCUGUCCUUCCUCUUGGCACUGGGAAUGACCUUGCCCGCACCCUCAACUGGGGUGGGGGUUACACAGAUGAACCAGUGUCCAAGAUCCUGUGCCAUGUAGAAGAUGGGACCAUUGUCCAACUGGACCGCUGGAAUCUCCAGGUUGAGCGCAACCCUGAUUUGCCACAGGAUGAGCUGGAGGAUGGGGCACGUAAGCUUCCACUCAGUGUCUUCAAUAAUUACUUUAGCCUUGGAUUUGAUGCACAUGUUACACUGGAAUUCCAUGAAUCUAGAGAAGCAAAUCCAGAGAAAUUCAACAGCCGAUUUAGAAAUAAAAUGUUUUAUGCAGGGGCAGCCUUUACAGACUUUCUGCAAAGAAGCUCAAGAGAUUUAUCCAAGCAUGUUAAAGUUGUGUGUGAUGGUACAGACCUGACUCCAAAGAUCCAGGAGCUGAAGUUCCAGUGUAUAGUGUUUUUAAACAUACCCAGGUAUUGUGCUGGCACGAUGCCCUGGGGAAACCCUGGAGAUCACAGAGACUUUGAGCCUCAGCGCCAUGAUGAUGGCUACAUUGAAGUCAUUGGUUUCACCAUGGCCUCACUGGCUGCUCUCCAGGUGGGUGGCCAUGGAGAGAGGUUGCAUCAGUGCCGUGAGGUGACACUCUUAACAUACAAGUCUAUUCCCAUGCAAGUGGAUGGUGAACCAUGUCGAUUGGCUCCCUCGCUCAUUCGAAUCUCCUUAAGGAACCAAGCCAACAUGGUGCAGAAGAGCAAGAGGAGAACAUCCAUGCCUUUGCUGAAUGAUCCUCAUUCCAUCCCAGAUCGUCUGCGGAUCAGAGUGAACAGGAUUAAUUUGCAAGAAUAUGAGGGGCUACACUACGACAAGGAAAAACUUCGGGAAGCUUCCAUUCCCCUAGGAAUUAUAGUGGUACGAGGAGACUGUGACUUGGAGACCUGUCGUAUGUACAUUGACCGUCUCCAAGAGGACCUACAGUCAGCAAGUUCUACUACACAGAGAGUUCAUUACCAGGACCAAGAAAGCUCUUUCCCCAGAGUACUUUCUGUUCAGAGGCUCUCUCCUAGAUGGUGCUUCCUAGACGCAACUUCUGCUGAUCGCUUUUACCGCAUUGACAGAUCUCAGGAACAUUUGCACUUUGUGACGGAAAUUUCGCAGGACGAGAUUUUUAUUCUGGACCCAGAGAUGGUAAUGUCACAGCAGGUGGGGACGCCACCCGGAAUGCCUGAUCUGGUAGUGGAGCAGGCCUCUGGAAUAUCAGAUCGGUGGAACCCUGCGGUUCGAAAGAGGAUGCUGAGUGACAGUGGCCUUGGCAAGAUUUCCCCGCACUACGAGGUACCUGACAAACAAAAGGACGCCAGCCAGACACAUAUGCUGCAGUCACCGGUCUCUUCAGAAGAUCAAGCACUUUUACAGGCAGUCAUAGCUGGUGAUCUGCUGAAGUUCAUAGAAUGCUGUAAAAAAGGAGCCAAUUUGCUAAUCCAAGGACCUGAUCACUGCUCGUUGUUGCACCAUGCUGCCAAGUCUGGGCAUGGUGAGAUUGUGAAAUACAUCCUUGAGCAUGGUCCAUCUGAACUGCUGGACAUGACAGACAGUGAAACGGGUGAGACAGCAUUACAUAAGGCAGCCUGCCAGCGCCAUCGUGCCGUCUGCCAGCUCCUGGUGGACGCGGGAGCCUCUCUGAGAAAGACGGACUCCAAGGGUAAGACUCCUCGUGACAGGGCUCAGCAAGCUGGUGACCCAGAUCUGGCCUCCUACCUGGAGAGUCGACAAAACUAUCAAAUGGUUUCCCAUGAGGAUCUGGAGACAGCAGUCUGAUGUCUGAAAGCGUAAAAGAGGAUCCUUGGAAAUCGCAAGGCUGCACCUGAGGCACUCGGGCAUCGCUUGAGGAGGAAGCUGAUGGAAUCAAAGUGUCUCUCACUCUCAUGGAAAAUAUCUGAGGACAUGCCACCAGUUUCUAAGGGCUACUGAGUCUUGCCACGGAACGGUUAGGUUCCAUAAGUUAGCCCAUGAUGGAUAAGGCGGGACACUCAAAGGUCUGUGGAAUCCAUGGGCCACGGAAAUUUACCUUUAUUGCUUCCAGCAAGUAGCAUGAACUUCUCCCAUGUUCAUCUGUACAAUUUAUUUAAAAAAAAAAAAAAAAGAAAGGAGGAAAGAGAAAAGAGGGUGCGGGGGAAUCAAACUAACUGGGACAUUAAAACACCCGACCAGGCCCUCUUCCAUCUCUACAGUUUCCUGCAUUCCUUUUAUUCUCCUAUUCCCUUCACUUGUCAUCAGUUAAAUAGUACCUGUUAUCUCUGUGUUAAGUCUUCACAAAUGGUCAGGCAGUAGCAAAAAAUUUUAGGAGCUCUGGAUGCCCUUAGGAAAACCCUAAUGUUUUUACUGGUUGCGUUCCCUUGCCAACCUCCUGGAAGCUGCAUCCUCGGUGCUUAGUCACUGAGGAGUUUUCUCACUUUUGGAGGGGACUCUGCCUAUUGUCUUUUUUUCCCAGGGUGUGGGGCACAGUUAGACUUACAGCAGUAACAAAACCUAACCUCUGCGUUGUCGCUGGGUAUACAAUUAUGGUAUACUCAUGAGACAGCCAUUUGAAUGGAAAGGGGUUAUAUGGGAUACACCACAUUGUAUGGCAGAGCAGAAAGUUGCCAGUAAGGUUUCUCACACCACCAUUGCGCGCAUAAUGACCAGUCCAGUUGGUUUCAGGCCAGUCUAAAAAGUGAUAGCUAUUUUUUACUUUUGAAAAGGUGGGUUUUACACUGGGGAGAGAUCUGGGCAAGACAAAGGGGGGUUCUGAUGGACUGACUUAUGGACCCAGUCCCCUUUAUGUUACAGCCAGAGGUAGGGAGGAGACUUCGAACAUUAGCGGUCAGCCCAGGCUUGCUGCCAUCAACAAACAAAUGAGUACUGCCCCAGUCACAUUGGGAACAGGAAAACCCUCUUUAGCUGAACCUGUGAGCUCUCCGAUUCCCCAAGGGAACAAUGUUUCAGAGAGGCUGUCCCACUGCAGAAGGACAAGCAGCAGCUGUGUGCCUCAUUACCCACUCUAAGCUUGGAAAUGUAAAGUUGCUUAGCUGCUGUAAAGGCCAGCUGUGUCUUCUGUACUCGUCUGUUCUCUGUGUUACCUCAAAGAUUAUAACCACAAAAGAAAAGAACGCAAACACACAUACACACAGGCAUGCACAAAAUGUUCACUUUUAGGUUUUCAGUCACUACAGAUAAAUCAGAUGCCAGAAAUAGCAGAGCUUCCACUUCAUCUGACCGGUUCCCAUGAAGAUGCUCACAGCCCACUUUUGGCACAUUUCUUGCAAUAGAUUUUUGAAUUUUGCUUUGUUGUUUAUUUUGAAAGAUCCACUGGUGUUUGAUUUUACACACCUUGCUAGGUGUAGGUCUCUAGUAGAUGGUGAUUAUUUGGAUUACAUGCAGUUUGGAAACCAUAAAAAUAACUCAGGUCACUAUUCAGAUAAGUUUUUCUUCCUUGGUAGAAGUUGUGGAAAUGAAAUGAAUGCAAUUGUUUUCUUUCUCUUAUUCUUUUUUUUUUUUUCUUUUUUUUUUUUUUUUAAACAGGACUGAUUGUUGUGGCAGAGAGGGAGGAGAUGAAAAAUAUAUAUUUUAUUUUUUUUCUGUUUUCAAAAGUUCAUUUGAUAUGAGCAAAGUAUUUCUUUAGUAUUUCUUCCUCUGGAAGGAAACUAAUAUAUAUUUGUAAUCUAUAGACCAAUGGUGACAUGAAAUGUAUUUUGUCUUAUUUUCUGUCCUUACCAUUCUUAUUUAAAAAAUAAAAUAUGAAAGCCAAAUUCCUUCCCUUGAUAAUCAUCUAGGAGCUCGUGGCAAAGGUCAGUAUGCGUAUAUAUUAGAACAAAAUUUGGCAACUGUUAAAAUAAAAAAAAAAAUCAGAGUAUGAUUUUGUUGCAUGUGAAGUUUCCACAAGGAAGACCCUCAUGCUAUGGUUUCAUGGUAAGCCUUGCAUCGCUUCCCAACUGUGAGGAAAGACGUUGCUGUAAUAUUUCUAUAUAUUUGAUGAAAAAUAAGAAUUAUAUUAGUAUAAGUUUUAUCUUUUUGCUUUGUCUUACUGAAAUGAGAAACGGAGGAAGCUUCAAUGACACCAGGGGCUGGGUUCUGUCCUGUGCUGAGGCCAGACUGAUGCAGAGGACGAUCAGUGAGCCUGUUACAGGUCCCUGGACCUUUAGUCCCAUGGAGCAGUUGGAGCAGCAAAGGCUUGCUCUAAUCACUGGUAGCUUCCAGAGGCCACAUGUGAAUUAUGGUGAGGGAGCUGGGUCUGGUCCCUCUCUGUUCCCAAUGGUCCUCCCCUCGGUGAGACAUCCCCUGUGCCCAGGGAGUGGCUGCAGCAGGGGCUGGCUCUGGAGCAGCUUGGCAGGACAGGCAGAUUUCCUGAGCUCCUUUGUGCCAUUCGAACUGCUCAAAGGAGCUUAGAACACAUGAGAGAGUCUGGCUUGCCUUUUUCUCUGGCAGCUGGAGUACGAUGCUAUGAUCAGAGCGAGCCUGUUGUGCCUCUGGAAACCUGCCCGCGCUGCGUACUCAAUAGGAGGCAGUUAGAGUAGGAUGAAAAUAAACCCCAGCACUGGAUAUAGGACAGGAGCUGGCUGUAUGUAGUGCCUUUGAUAUUCAAGGUGUCCCAAAGCACUGCACACAUAAUGUGUUAGUUACUGGAGCUGUAUUGUAUUUGUAGAUAACAGAGUAUAUAUGUUGUUUUCUGAAAUGGCUCACACAUGGCGAGGGAUACCAGAAGUUGGUUCACUGAGGGAAGGCUUUAUAGGCCAGGAAGCUGCAGGGUUAUUCCUUACCCCUCUUCAAGUGCUAUGGGACUCUUGAUUUUGGACAGCCACCAGAAGCAGACAGACUCUGCAGCAGUUAAAGUUGACACGUACGUAUUGAACCUCUGGAGAACUCGGGGUCUAGCUUUGUACAGCACAUUGUGCCUGCAACUGUGCAGGGCCCACAUUUCAGAGUGCAGCUGGGAACCCACGUAAAUUACAUAUAAAUAUUUUGAUUUACUAAAAGUGUUUAUCUGUGGCUGUGUCUAUUUAUGUGUGUACAUGACUAUAUAUAUGUAUAUUUAUAAAUAUCAGUAUGCAUAUAUAUAGACUCACACACACAUAUGCACACAGACUUUUGGAACUGUGCUAUUUGAAUGACAAAAUACCUAGGGAUGCUCAGCUACUGGGGUUGCCGGACUGAAGAAAUGUCGUUUUCCAUUUAAUUUGUUGUUAAAGGGGACCCUUUUCAGCAGAACUGAGGAGCUCCUGAAUUGUUCCAUUGUACUGGUUUUACUAUCUCAUUUUGGAGUUAAAUGGAGGGAAAGAAAAUAUUUCUAAUGUUGAUAAAAUAAACUUACUUUUGUUAUUUAAUAGCAUCAGUUACUUUUAUUAUGUAAUGUUUCAAUGCUAGAAAUAUCUUUAUGUGUUAUCCAAGACAUGAUGAUGUCAUACAUUUCUCACUAAUUAUAGCAUCCCUCAAUACUGAGAGAUGUGAGGCUGAGUGACUUAUAUAAGACAGGAGCUCAAGGCAAAUUUUGCUCAUUACAAAAUGGGCGUCACACUCCAGUGGCUCUUUCACCAUUUCAUGUGAUGGCUUGUCUAUGUUUUAGCACGUUCAGACGUUUGUGGAUGUUUUUACUGACACCUGUCACCUUUGCUUUUCCCCAGCAGCAACAGAAUUGCUCAGUCUCAAUUCAUGGUGCUGUAGCCUGGAAUUCGGACUACGUGAAAUGUUCCCUGCUGCAUGAGGACUGUCAGAUAGAAGCACCAUAGACAUAAAGAAAAUAGAACAAAAUCCAUGUUUUGUUGCCAUUGAUCUUCCCAGUAAUAUUUGCAAACGCGACCUGUUGUCGAUGAAUAGAUGGGGCACGUGGUUUUUCUGUCGGUGUGGCAGUGGGAGGUUUGUUUGAGCAGUAUUUAAUGACCUCUUUUGCUCAUUUUUGUCUUGGCUGUGAUAGUGACACAUGUGGUAGUGGAAGUCACUAACACACAGCUUCACAUAGAAAGUGGCUAUUUUCCUUUCACCCAUCCCAGAUGCCUCCUGUGGUGUGUGCCUGUGUGUUGACCCUUCCAGUAUAUCAAAAGCAUGUUGAGAUGAUCUGAUUUUGGGCAAAAGCUAUGAAAUGGGGAAGGUACACUGGCAGCCUUAAGUUGCUGGGGGUUUAAUGGUACUCAAGAGAUGUAUGGACGUGCUGGGAAUUUGGAUGCCUUGAAAACACUCCAAGGACAGCUCUGUCCUUGCACUCAAUGUACUGCAAGAAGGAAGCAGUUCCUCAUGCUGGUUCGAGGUCUGUCAUUUUCUUUCCCCCACUUUUUGCUCCUUUUGCACCAGAUUAAGAUCCAUAGAGAUAUAUUUUAUAAGAAUGGCGUUUAAGCUUUUGUAUGAGCCCUCCUACGAUGUUGAAAGUAAUAUUUCUAUCGCUAUUAUACCUAUUAUUUUCCGUUCCUCAGACAUUACUUCCUGCCUUUAUUUUCCUCACUGAAUCUGAGCCAAAGAGACAUUGGGCUAUUCUCUUCCUAGUUAUUCUAAAGCAUCAAAUGAGAACAUCUUCAGUUGUUUCAGCAGCCCUGGACAGAGCUUAUCACAAACCUGUGUUUCUGGGUACCUGUGAAGCUCUAGGGUGCAGUGUUACAGGGUUCACUGUGGUACUCAUCUUUUCAUUUUGCUUUCUUAACAACAAUGUAGGCAACUAUUUUUCUUAGUAAUGGGAUAGCUACAGCUUUAAAAUCCUAUGAGCUGCCUGCCAAAAUCCGUUGACUGCAAUGGCGACUCGGUAAUGUGCUAAAAGUGACUUGCUACCCUACUGAUGAUGACCAGAAUUUAAUGUGGAGGAUGUGUCUCAAGCUUCAGUGCUUUAACAACCUUUGGAAGGGCAGGAUGCAGCUCGUGGCUGCACUGUGGAAAUGCCUCACCCAGCCCUGCAUCCAGCACUUGUGGCAAACGGAAUAUAUAGAGGGGUCGGGUUGUCUCAGCCUUUGCUGAGGAGUUACUGGUACAGAAUGAGCAGCUCGGCACUUGGCUUGGGCUGCCUAAGAGUAGGCCAAGUACGUGGGCAGUUUCUCGCUUCUAAUUCUAUUUGGAAUAUUGCUUGGGAGGGAUGGAUUACCCAGUGGUCAAAGCAGUGACCAUGGCUAAGUGUACUCCAAGUUAUGCCGUGGCACCAUGCUUCUCCAGACUGCUUACCUGAGAUCCUCUGUAGGUACCAGAGCCUGUGGGCCCCCCUUUCCCUCCCCAGCAGGUUUGCAGCACCACUGCCCGUGGCGAUGCCCACAGAGACUUAUGCUCUCUCAUCCCCUGUACAUGUGCACUGGAGCAAUGCCCCCUGCCUUGGCCAAAGGAUUUCCUGGCCACGUAUGGUGCCGUUCCUGCAAAAGGGGAAAAUUCCCUCCCUCGGGCCUUGAUCCCACCAGUAAAUUCAUUACAUUUGACUUCAGUGAUUAGGCAGGCUUAGAGCUGAAUAACCUUACUGUAUUCAGCCAUCAGAGUGCAUCUUGUCUCCUGCCUUAUUUAUAAGGUGCCACAUUCCAGUCUCAGCUGCAGUUUCUUGUUUCUCAGACUGCUUUUUUUCUUCUUUUUUUUUUUUAAGAAAAAAAAAAGACAAUCUAUCCUAUGCAGUACACAUGUAUCUAGUUACUCAGGGAGUGGGGAAGACUUGCAGCUUGUUUUAAAAACUUCUCACUCACUCACAGCACAUGACAACUUCUAGAGUCUAAGCAGAGGAAUGCCUUGCAACAAAAAGAGUUGUUUCAACAUGAACACAUCUAUAAUUCAGGAAAUAAUUUUAUGCUUAGCCCUUUAAAAGCAGUCAGUUUAUGCUCCUGCAUCCCCUACAUGGAGGAGAUUUUGGGAAUCUAAGGCAGCAGUGAUUACCUUGACACACACACUGUAUGUGUAUGAUUAUCCAAGAAAGAAGGUGAAUAUCUAAAAAAGCAAAAGACAUACUUUCUUCAGAAAUUUGUUUCUAUUAUUUUGCCUCUAUCCACUAGCAACAGAGCCCUGUUGGGAAUGGUAUUUCAGAGUUCACUUGUAUGUUAAUAGCUCCAGCAUUUGUAUACAAAGUACAUAGAAGCUGUAGCAUUUUGGCAUGCAAGAAAUAAGCACUACUUAGUUUAGCAAUAUAGUACUACACAUGUAAUUGCUUCAUCUAGAGCCAGCCUCCUUUUGCUGGCAAAGUGUAACACCUGGCUCUUCAAUUAGUCCCUGUCUAGGAGGCUGCCUGAUGUGUAACCUACCACUCAGCAAAGUGCGCACGGUGGCAAUCCAGUGCUCCGUUAUGACAAGUGCUUCAGCAAUUAUCUGACUACUAAUGCAUGAACCACAGUAGCAACUAAUUUCUUAAUGUUACACUUUAUUUUAAUGAGAAAAAUGGCCUCCUGGUUCCAACUGCCUUAAUGACCUUCAAUUAUCGCUUUUUCCUCAGCCUGUGGCCAAGUAGAGGGAGAAGGAAUCCAGGUCCUGUCUUUGGAGCUGCAGGAACCAGUUAGGUUUGUAGGUAUGGAGAAGCUCAAGAAGCUCUUGAGCUUGACGCAGCAGACAUGAGUGAUUUCUACUUGGCUAAUUAGGCUCUAAUAGAUAGUCCCACUUUUCUAGUGAUUUUUGUUUCCCCCAUAUGACAGUCACAUAAAAAAUGAAAGAAGGCAAAAUUAGAAAAGCAAAACUAAGCUGGCUCCGGGAAUGGGGACCCUAGAGAAUGGUUUCCAUAAGUAUAGCUAUUUUCUGCUCAGGGUGUUGCAAUGCCAGCUACUGAAUGUCACUGUGGUGAGUAUUUACAUACCACAAUUAGAGAUACCCCCUUUUAAUAAAACAAAACAGGUGCAUUUCUUCUUCAAGUUCACUGCUCCCAAUACUUAUGUCAUCCAUCCAGAGGGAUCACCACACUGGCUGGUGGGGCACACCCUUCUAUUUGCAAAUCUUGGGGCUUUACAAAAUGAGACGAGCAAUGACACCUCUGCCUGCUCCUUAGCCAUACCACAAGUUUUACUUCCAAACGGAUGGAAACAACGCCACAUCAAAAGCAAUGAUUACUAUAGGUGACAAAGCAAAUAGCUGUCUUCCCUCUCCUGUCCCUCACUUCAGCCCUUUUCCCACGACCAGGGUGUCUUUUCUUGAUCAGAAUGGAAAAACUGUUGUUGAUGUUGCUUGUUUUAAGAGGAGAUGAGUGCAGUUGUGAGUUGUUUUCUCCUGUGGUUUUUGCUGCUAUUGUAAUAGUGUCCUUGUCUCCAUGGCAUGUGGGAGCAGUAAAUUCAUGUCAAAGCUUUGAAAAAAGUGAGCUUGCUGGCAGCUAAUGGCAGGAAGGACAUGGAACAUAAUUUUACUUAAAUUUGAUUUUAAAUAAUCUUGAAUGCUCUUUGCUUUUCCUUCCCAUUUUUUUUUUGCGUUGUCCUUUUCAGAUCUUCCUCACUGAAGUCUUGAUUCUUCAAUGACCUCUUUUUUUCUCUAGCUCAUGCUACCUUCGUUUUUGAUUGGAAUGGUCAAAAUCCUUCUCAUGUGUUUGCCUCUGGGACAAUUCUGCUUGACUACAACAAGCAGGCCAACACAGGCGGUUGGAUCUUCUCUGACCGUGCCCAGCCAUAGGUAGGGAAUGUUGAAAUUCGGCUGUAGUAGGGGUGAGUUGGACAUGCAGCUCUAAAGGCACCUCUGAGGGUAGCUGUAGUGUCUCAGGAAUAAGCAGACAAGAAGCAUGAUGGACUUGGAUAUUUCACCUGAGGGAUGAGAGGUUGAAUUCGACAUUUUUAGACUUAGUUUUAAUAUCACUAGGAAAAAAAAAAAAAUUUUUCCUUUUUUUGGUCUAUCCUCAUGUUCUAUCCCUUUGAGAUCUUCAUGUAAAAUAUUCUUUGCCUGGGCAAAUGUGAUUGUGUUUGCUCCGCGACAUGCUUGCGAGAAGUGGCAGCUUCUUCCAAGUGGUGAGCAAAUGUUCUGGUCUCUCAUGCAAAAUGGUUGGCCCUGCUACCGUACAGUUUUCUGCUCAGCACAUCUCUCAGAAAAAUCACAGGAAAAUGGCCGAGUCUUAUCAGGUUUUUUGUUCCGUUCACAUGUCACUGCAGAGCGAUUCCUCUCCAUCUGCCUCCUUUGAUCACGCAACAGCUUUGAGAGAAAAGAAAAUAAGUGGCUGAGCCUUCAAAGCACUAAGCAGCUCUUGGGAGCUUUGUCUCUCUCGAGCUUACUGCUGCACCUCACAGAUCUGGGCAAAGGGAAAAGGGGGGAUGCUUUAUGCGCAGAAAGAUCCAACUACUGCCUUACUGGCAAAAGUAACAUCUCUUUGGAGGCUACCUAUUCCAGAUGCUCCGGUAUGUGCCCGGCAGAGUGUAAUAGGAGCUGCCUUCCUUUCUUAAGGGCUCUUGCAUGUUCUUUUUAUUAAAUGUGUUUCUCUUCCUGGUGCCGGGGAAGGGGGCAGCCCCAAGAUCCCCAGGCGAUUCCUGUCUGCUGCCUCUCACGGCAGCUAGUGUGGCACUGCCCUUUGCAAUGGGUGCCAUCUAGCUGCCCUCAUGCUAUGGGUUGCAUAUGCUCUAUCUCCUGUGACUCUGUUGGAAAAUGAAAUAAUUAAGGGUUAAAAUCUCUUUCCAAAUGGUCUUGGGAUGUGCCAGCCUUGGCCGCUGGCCCAUCAGGGUGCAUUGGGGAGAGGAAUGUGGAAUAUGACUGCCAGCCUUUCUCUGUAGAAAUCGUCGCAAGGUGAAACGCGCUUUCACAGUGGGAAGUGAAGGUUAUUUUCCUUCUGCCCAUAUUAUUUUGUGCUCUAAACCCUGUGCCAGUCAUUUUGGAUGCAGCCAGCUCUUUGGAAGCGGGAGGCUUUUGAAAGAUUUUGGGAAGUCUAGCCAAUGAUAUAGCUGAGGAUUCAUGUUCUGCGUCUCCCACACAAACCUUCUGGCAGCCCAUGGAGGUUUCAGUGUCCUCUCUGAGUCAGUAAGCAGAACAUUUUGCUACAAACUACAGUCCUUCCUUUGUGCCGCUGUUACUGCCACUCUGCUUCUGCACAGCUUUUAGGACAGCUAUGGCUUUACAGCCUUUCACUGGGAAAAACCAGGAUGCAUUGUGGGGAAACAUGAUUCUCCUUCGAAUGCAAAUACUCAUCAAGCUGCAAGUGUGUGCUAAUGAAAAUGCAGUGCACAUAAGGACUUGAACCUGGUUUAUGAGACUGUCACUGCUAGCUCAGUGGGAUUUAUUCUGAGCAAGAACUGACCUGUUCUUUUAUUGCAAAACAUAAAGGUUAUGCAAAAAACAAUCACUACAUUUAAUGAUAUGCUUCUUUCUUAUGAAAGUCUGACUUUGCAAGUCUAACUGUGUGUCACAUGGUUGUGUCACAGAAUAAGGAAAGCAGUUGCUGUGUCUUAUAAUUUAUUAUCACAUCUCACUGGAGGUACUGUGGGCAAAGGGGUAGAGCAGAAGGCAGCAAAUCAAGGGGCUGAGGUUUUAUUCCUGCCAGUGUCAUUGAGUCAGUUUGGGUAAGUCAUUUUUUUAACCUUCCUGUGCAUCAGUUUCCUUAUCUGUAAAAUGGGGACAAUAUAAUGUCCCCGUACACAGACAAGUAAGGUGCUUUGUGUUGUAAGGCCAAAAGCUGCUGUACAUUAGCUAUUUAUGAGUUUUUAGUUGUGCCUUGUAAUGUUACUGUUAUAUAGUAUCCUGCUUGUUUUGGAACCGUUUUUUGGAGGACAAUGGGAGUAGCCCUGUCCCAUGCUUUUUAGUUGAGGUGGCUUAAACUGAGAUAGCAAAGAGUGCUGCAGGAUAGCAACUUUCUAAUGAGCUAGUUUGCACUGCUUAUGCCUGAUUUCCAUGUUUGAGCUACCUUGUUUUAAGAUUUUUAACUCAGGUGAUAUUUUUAGUCAAUGAAAGCAUUCAGGUGAUUGCCCUCCCUCCAGAGGAUAAUAUUUUGCUGAAUUUUAGAGCAGUUGUAUUCCAUCAUAUUGAGUUAAUUGAGCACAGAGUGUUUCAUUUGGGAAAGCCUGUCUCAGAAAUACCUUUUUCUGUCACCUCUCUUCUGAUAUUGAGGAAUCACAGUAUUUUGUCCAAGAGCUCAGAAAUCACCACUUGAGUUUGUUGAUGUUAAAGGUUUCUGGGGAACAAACCCAAACAUCUGAGGGAGCAGACUCUGGUCUUCACGUUAGUGUCUUCUCUGGCACCUUGGCAAGCGAGAGAUGAAAAUUGAUAAAGAAUGAGGAUAACAGUUAGCAAAGACUCAGGGAAAUAGAAGUGUCUCCUGUAAAAAGGAACAAGGCUAAGAAGGGGUUGUCAUGUAGGAUGGUGAUGAACAGGCAUAUGAUGGGAAGGCUGAGUUUCCAUCAGGCUGCAUAGUGGAUAUUCCCUGGCUGCUUCCUGGAGGUGGUGGAGGAAGGAUAAAGGACAGAUCCUGAUAUCCUCUGCACUGAAUUCAGUCCAGGUGAACCAAGGUGUGCUAGAGGUCAGAAUCUGGACCACUCCAUAAUAUGUUUAGUGCCCUUGGUAAAGCAGUAAAGCCAAAUAACAAAUGCGCAUAAUCAGCCAGCAUUUCAUGGGCAUCCAGAGUUCCAGUAUUUGUACAUAUCCUAUUAUCUGAACCCACAUCUGUUCCAGGAGUUGUAAUAACAUCACAAAGGGCUCUUUUAUGCUGCCUGACCCCAUGCAUAAUGCCCUGGAGCUGUGCAUCAUGAGGCUGCCAGCUGGCAAAAGGAAUCCCAGGCAUGCAGCAGCACCCACAAAACGAAGCUGUGUGUUUAACAGAGAAUCAGGGUCCAGGUAAUCAGCAGUGAAGAAGGAAGCAGGAAGGGGGAGGGGGUUUUUGUAACAAAGUAAGAAAGUAUUUUCUUCCUUGAUUUUCUUGCAUUUCCUCUUUAUACAAAGUAUCUCCAUCACUGUGUUGCUAAACAGGGGAGAUUUUAAACUGGGGGAAGGAGGAAAUCUGUAUACAGUGAAAGAGCUGGUUGCGGUUCCUUUUGGACAAUUUUUCUGUAUUGUGACUUGUGUGGAAAUGUACAGAAUAAAAGUGAAGAAGCGCA